GAGUUUGCAGAGAGACGAUGCCCUCCCUGCCCCCUCCCCCAGGAGGCCUAGGGUGGUACCGUCACAGCCUUGCCUCACCUCACCCCCCCUCAGUGUUGUGGGAGGGAAAGGAGCCCCAGAAGCCCUCCCUUCCCUCCUCCCCCCUCUUCCCCCACCCGGGGAGGGCUGCUACAAUUUGUGGUUACAGCUUUACACGUCAGAAAAAAAAAAAGUUUGUAGAAUGUCCCACACCGAAAAAAAAAUGCGAAACCGAGAGAAAAAAACCUGCGAGUGGGCCUGGCGGAUGGGAUUAUUAAAGCUUCGCCGGAGCCGCGGCUCGCCCUCCCACUCCGCCAGCCUCUGGGAGAGGAGCCGCGCCCGGCCGGCCCGGCCCCCAGCCCCAUGGACCUCCGAGCAGGGGACUCGUGGGGGAUGUUAGCUUGCCUAUGCACGGUGCUGUGGCACCUCCCUGCAGUGCCAGCUCUUAAUCGCACAGGAGAUCCAGGCCCUGGCCCCUCCAUCCAGAAAACCUAUGACCUCACCCGCUACCUGGAGCACCAACUCCGCAGCUUGGCUGGGACCUACCUGAACUACCUGGGGCCCCCUUUCAACGAGCCUGACUUCAAUCCUCCUCGGCUAGGGGCAGAGACUCUGCCCAGGGCCACUGUCAACUUGGAAGUGUGGCGAAGCCUCAAUGACAAGCUACGGCUGACCCAGAACUAUGAGGCCUACAGCCACCUCCUGUGCUACUUGCGUGGCCUCAACCGUCAAGCUGCCACAGCUGAACUACGGCGUAGUCUGGCCCAUUUCUGUACCAGUCUCCAGGGUCUGCUAGGCAGCAUUGCAGGUGUCAUGGCAGCUCUUGGCUACCCACUGCCCCAGCCUCUGCCAGGGACUGAGCCAGCCUGGGCCCCUGGCCCUGCCCACAGUGACUUCCUCCAGAAGAUGGAUGACUUCUGGCUGCUGAAGGAGCUGCAGACCUGGCUGUGGCGUUCAGCCAAGGACUUCAACCGGCUGAAGAAGAAGAUGCCACCUCCAGCAGCUUCAGUCACCCUGCACGUGGAGGCCCAUGGCUUCUGAUCUCUGACCCUUAACUCCUCCCAACCCCAGCCACAGUCAGCUGUGCUUCUGGGUUGGAAAAACCUGCAUACCAACAUUCGUUGAGCCAGGAAAUGGACAGUGGGAGCUCUGCCCUCCUCAGCCUUGGAUGGGGAGUGCAAGAACAUAGCUUCA